AUGACUUUCGUCCUGUCGUUUGCCGUGGGCCCGUUGUACACCCUGUGGGACUUCAUGAAAGGCACCCUCUGCACGGCCCUCGCGUCCCUCAUCGUCCAGAAGCCGAACUUCACGCAGUUCGGGGAGCUGGCGGACUACGUCUACUGCACGUACUGCUCCGCCCUCUACCUGGAGCGCGUGGCGCACGACCGGGGGCGGCACGGCGAGGCGGACGAGCCCGAGCCGGACGAGGACCUGGAGCCCUGCCUGCACGAGGCGUCGGCCUCGGGCACGUGCCCCUGGCAGUGCGCCGCCUUCCUGCUCCUCUUCACCGGCCUCCCGUGCCUCGCCGCCGCCCUCGUCGACCGCUCCAGCGCCGCGCUGGGCUACCCGUGCCCCGCCGUGGUGGGGUUCCUGCCGCUGCGCGCCUGCGCGGCGGCCCCAGGGGCCAGCGGCACCGAACACGGCGGGGCCGGCCUCUGGCGGCUCGCGGAGCUGCUGCCGGAGUAG